UGGAGCCACAGUGUGGCGGUGGAGGCAGCAGCAAUGGGAGGCCAUACAGCACCCUAUGGCAGAGUGUGGCGAUAGAGACAGCAGCAAUGGGAGGCCGUACAGGGACCCAUGACACACUCUGGACCUGGCAGCAGCAUGAGGAGGCGGUACAGGGGCCCAUGGCAGAUUACGGCCUGGCAGCAGCAUGAGGAGUCGGUACGGGGGCCCAUGGCAGAUUACGGGCCUGGCAGCAGCAAUGGGAGGCCGUACAGGGACCCAUGACACAAUCUGGACCUGGCAGCAGC